UGUAUAAAAAGAUGAUCAUGAGUCCUGUAGAAACAUUAAGGACCUGUUGUCCAACCAAACCUUUUGACUCAGCGCUUCACUUACUGCUCAACUUCACAUCAGACUGAGCUGCAGAGAUGAAGGCUCACCUGCUGAUCUUUGCUGCAGUACUUCUGGUCCCUUGCUGGACGAUGCCUGCGGGUCAAUGGAAGGCCCCCAGCUCCAUUCCACUGAACAUGGUUCCUGAUGCUGUUGAUGACAUGUACUAUGGCUGCACCGAGAAAAUGGAGAGGAGGGUCAAGAAAGAAUAUUUCAGAAAAGAGUUUGUGGGAACAUUUAAAAUUGCCUGGGAAAAUGCAGAAAAAUGUUCAAACAAAUACUCACAGGAUCUCACCAAAAACCAGCGGCAGGCAAUCUGUGUCUAUACAUCCAACGACAUUUAUGCAGAAUUCAAUAAUGCAGUCCGGACUGGUAGGAGCAUCUAUGGCAGCUCCUUCCGAUUCCAUUCUUUACAUUUCUGGCUGACUACUGCCAUACAAAAGCUGAAUAAAAAAUAUCGCUGUUACAAUACUUAUCGAAGAACCAGGGCCGCAUAUACUGGCAAAGUUAACGACAUAAUUAGGUUUGGUACGUUUGCCUCCAGCUCUUUCAGAACAGACCUUAAACAGUUCGGUAGCAAGACCUGCUUUCAAAUUAAGACCUGUUUUGGAGCGUAUGUGAAGCAUUAUUCAUAUUAUCCAAAUGAGGAUGAGGUGCUUAUUCCCCCCUAUGAAACAUUCAAGAUAACCAACAUUAUUAACGGUCAGGGUAAAUUUCCAGUUCUGAGUGAUUGUGAGAAGGUCUUUACUUUGAAGAGUUCAGUAACUAGGAGUAACCUAAACUGCAAAGCUGCAUACAGAUUAUGGGGCGGAGUUUUCUCCAACUGAUGGAGAGUUGUAAUGGAGUAUUUUUACUUUGCUGUAUUGGUACUUUUACUGCAGUAAAGGAUCUAAGUACUUCUUCCAUAGUUGGUUCGUGUGGAGCAGCUUUAAUGUCACAUGUGAUUUUCAGAUAUUUCACAUGUGAAAUGUUAGAAAUCAGGUGUGAAAAUAUCAGUUUCACAUGUGACAUCACAUUUGAUGCUUUCACAUACAAACAUUAUGAAAUGCACACUCUCAAAUUAAUUUGUGCACAUUUGUAUUUAGGAUAUGUGUAAUUACAAAAUAUAACAUGUUUCCUUUUUUCUGUUUUAUUUGAUCAUUUUUCAAGAGAGGUGGUU